CGGCGCAAAGCUGGGCUGGCCUCGGGUGCGCCGGGAGCGUCUCGGGGGAGGAGGCCAGGGCGGCCGGCCCCUCCCACUCCGCUUUUUCUCGCGUGCCCUGUCCCCGGGACUGGCAGUGGGCGCCCGGUUACCAGCAAGUGUGCGUAGGAAUAAACGGGAGACGGACCGCAGCAAGCCGAGGGCGCAACAGCAACCAGGACCGACCCGCCCGCGCCAUGCGCUCGCUCACUGGCCCGAGGGCGUUUUUGGCGCCCGGCUGCCCGCUGGUGCUUCUGUGCCUUCUGGUGGCGACGUGCCCGCAUCGGGCAGAAGGCGAUUCCGCAGAUUCGUCCUUUACAAGUCUACCUGUUCGAGAAGAAAUGAUGGCCAAAUACUCAAACCUUUCCUUGGAGAGCCAUAAUAUAUCACUGACAGACGAGUCCAGUUUACCAGUAGAAAAAAACAUUACUUUGGAAAAGCCUUCUGACCUGGAGCUCUUAUGCCAGUUAACGCCAUCUGGGGAUUUGAAUUCAGUGAAUGUGACUUGGAAAAAGGAUGGUGAACUUCUGGAGAAUAUUGAUGUUUUCAAUACAACCAAAGUGGGAAACACCUUGUACAGUCAGUACAGGUUCAUCAUUUUUAAUAGCAAGCAAAUGGGAAAUUAUUCUUGCUUCUUUGGUGGAGUAAAGAAGCUCAGAGGAACAUUUAAUAUCAAAGUACCCAGCGUUCAUGGGAAAAACAAGCCGUUGAUCACUUACGUGGGGGAUUCUACCGUCCUGAAGUGUGAAUGCCACGAUGGUGAUCCUUUAAAUUGGACUUGGUACACGAGUAAUGGAAGUGUACAGGCUCCUAUUGAUGUUCACAAGAAUGAUAAGUAUGUUAUAAAUGGAUCCUAUGCUAAUGAGACACGACUCAAAGUAAAGCAUCUUUCGGAGGAAGAUGGAGGCUCCUACUGGUGCCGGGCAGCCUUCCCGUUAGGUGAGAGCGAAGAGCACAUUGAACUGGUUGUGCUGAGCUUCAUGGUGCCCCUCAAGCCGUUUCUCGCAAUAAUCGCAGAAGUUAUUCUCCUAGUGGCUAUCAUUCUGCUUUGUGAAGUGUACACACAGAAAAAAAAGAAUGAUCCAGAUGGUGGGAAAGAAUUUGAACAAAUUGAACAGUUGAAAUCAGAUGAUAGCAACGGUAUAGAAAACAAUGCCCCCAGGCUCAGAAAAACUGAGUCAGUGGAACAGUGAGCGAAGAGUAUUCUGCCUUGAGAAGACGUACAAAGAGUUUGUAUUCUUGCUUCCUCUCAAGAACAUGUGAAUUUUAGAUUUUUAGAAGACAGAAAACGUCCUCAGCACCCACAGUGGUAGCUUUAUAAACAAUAUAGGCCAUCUCCUACCUAAAGAUGUGUAUUCAUUUUGUAAUUGCUUUUCAUUAAAGCAAGGUGAAUUGUUUCAGGUGUGUUCUGCCUGUUGUAAGCUAGACAAUAAAUUUUAUCCUGGUCUGGGAGAUCAGGGACACGGGACAGACAGCAGCAAAAUGAGUGGCUAAUCCACAAAGAAAUUUCACUAAAGAUGUGUUUGUUACCAAAGAAUUCAUUAAAGAGAAAGCUUUUGCCUGUUGUCUUACACGUGUUGCUCCCGCUCAUGCAUGACUACCUACAGAAGUAUUGAUAACAGCUUUCCUGUGACAUGUAUUCUGCUGUGGUAUUGAAAGUGUUUUCCCUAGUAAAUAGGAACUAUACUUUCGAUAUUGGUGUCUACUCUGUAGGCUCUACGCUAAGGUAUACUUUGGCUCCAUGAGUAAUGGUGUCAACUAAGGCAGUACAAACCGUCUAUGCUAAGAAAAAGGGUUUCUUAGUCUUCAGUAGGACAUUUUCCUCAUUCUUUGCCACGGCAUUUGGGCCUCAUCUGUCCUCCUGGUGUUGACGUUUCAGGGUCCAGAUCCAAUGUGGUCACAGUCCGACACUGCUGCUUGCAUGGCUUUGUGGCUCGUGGAUCCUGGGGACCUUGAUUUGCUAUCUGCUUUCUCGUGUCAUUGCUGUCCAAAUGUAAAAAAAUGCAUUAUUACUGCUUUCCAACAAUAAUUCCUUUGACUGAUAACCAGGAGCGCUAGUGCACUAUUUUUAUGUUGCUGCAAAUGCCUUAGACUUAACUUUUAAAAUGGAAGGAUUUCAUUACAUACAUGACUGAGAUAUUUUAUAUAAACUCAAUAAAACCAAAUCAGUUCAACUUUGAAUGGACGUAGCCAGUUGUCACUGACUUUAAAUUAAAUAAAUAAAUAAAUAAAUAAAUAAAUAAAUAAAUAAAGCAAGCAAGCAAGCAAGCAAGCAGUGCCUUGGGUAGUAGAUUAGGUGUCCCUGGCGCUGCCGGGUUUUUAUGACAUACUGUUUCCUGAGAACAGAGUUAAGAACAAUGACAACAACUUGGGAUGGUAGUAAAAGAAGUCUAUGGUUCUUGGGGAUUGACGGUUUAGAGGUUGGGUAGAAAGAAUCCACUGAUUAGCAUUGAAAACUAGAAGUGUAUGCCUUGCACACUAGCUAAGAAAAGUACCAAAUUCUGAUAGAGAAAAUUCUGUAAUAUCUCAGCUAAUGUUUACCAAUAUCACUAGCUAGAAUAGUACAUAUAAAAUAUUAUGGCAGCUGCUUCCUGUUUUGUUGAUGCAACAAAGUUCAGUAUUUUCAAAUACAUGUUAACUAUACGUGUAGAUUUUAUUGAAUUAGAAUGCACCUCUUGGUAGUAGAUGUCCUGUUUUCUUCCUUAGUCUUAUGAAUGAUACUUUUGUUUUGCUUUAAUUCAUGCUUAAUUUGACAAGAUUCUCUUGAUGAGCUCAUGGCAAUCAAUAUAAUUAGUCUAAACAUUUUGAAUUCAGAGAGCAAGUCCCACUCAACAGUCUAACUGUGACUGGAUUACAUACAAAACCCCAAGUAUCUUUACUUACAAGAUUCAUUCAUUUGCUUUGCCACCACUAAGGAUUUAAGUUGUGUAGUAAUAGGAGUGGCGGGCUGCGUCCCGCCACCCGGCUAGCUUUACCCAAAAUAAUUACAUGGAAACUGUAUUCUUUUAAACACUGUCUGGCCCAUUAGUUCAAGCCUCUUAUUGGCUAGCUCUUACAUAUUGAUCUAACCCAUUUCUAAUAUUUUGUGUAGCACCAUGAGCUGGCUUACCAGGAAAGAUCUUAACCUGCGUCUGUCUGGAGUGGGAGAAUCAUGGCGACUGCCUGACUCGGCUUCUUUCUCCCAGCAUUCUGUUCUGUUUACUCCGCCUAUCUAAUUUUUUGUCCUAUCAGGGCCAAGCAGUUUUCUUUAUUAAUUAACCAAUGAAAGCAACAGAUAAAUGCAAGACCCACCUCCAUCAAAGUUGAAAUUGUUUACGUGGAAAAAAAAGCUACACAAAAGUAAAAUAAUCUGAAAUACUUAUAUGAUACAUUUGAAAUGCUAAUGGGUAAUAUAUGUUGUUUUUGUAAAUGAUAAGUUAUCUAAGUAACAUUUUGGCCUUCCAGGGUCUCUCUGGAGUACUUCUGGAAAUUGUCCCAUCCCUAUUAGAUUAAAAUGGACUGCUUCUGUUGACUAGCCUUACCAGACGAUAAAUGGAUUGUCUAAGGACCCAUUGUAAACUGACUGCAAAAACAAAGACGAAAGCAGGAAAACUACCCUGACUAUGUUGUAGACACCUGGGAAAAUCUACCAAUCUUUUCAGUUGAUGGAUUUUCAAUAUAAUAACUAGAUGUAAUGAUGCCAUAAAAUGUCCAGAUAAUCUUAAAUUCGGUUUGUAUUGAAAUAUAAAUUUCCUUUUGCAAUCUUUUCCUUUUUUUUCCUUCCCUUACUGGUGAGUCCUUCGGACCCAAACCUAAAAUUGUUUAUGAUCUUUUCUUUAUUGACCAGGAAUCCAAUCUAUCCCUCUUUCUUUGAUGUUCUUUUUUCUUUCUCUCUUUCUUUUUCUUUUCUUUUGGAGGUGGGGAGGUUUGAGACAGGGUUUCUCUGUGUAUUUCUGGCUGUCCUGGAACUCACUCUGUAUACCAGGCUGUCCUCGAACUCACACAGAGACCCCCUUGCCUCUGCCUCUCUGAGUGCUGAAAUUAAAGGCGUGCGCCACCACCGCCUGGUUUCCUUUGAUUUUCUUAAACUGCCAUUAAUCCUCCCAGAACCUCUCCCACUUCCCCUUCACCAGCUGCAAGGUUAUGGUGUAGGUUUCCCUACCUUGGCCUCACUGUCCAGUCCUCCAUUUUUCACGGAGUUUCUCAGUCUUUCUUCUUAAACACAAAGGUCUCACAUGACGUGCCAGGUUUCAGCACAUUGUUGUCAUUUCUGCACGUCACCUAGUUACCUGUCUCUUCCCAGGGUCUUGGAUUAGCCCAGAAUGUGUCUCUGAUGCUUAACCCGUCACACUAACUCAAGAUUAACCUUCAGCAUGUUAAGGUUUAGGGGAAAUUCACAUAUCCGUGGGGUAGAGUUGAUCCCAUGUGCUAACAACUCCGUGUUGUUGUCAGGGUAAUUUUUCUGCUUUAGUUGUGUGCCCAGUAUUUCGUACAAGGAAAAAGUUAUAGGUGAUGUAAAAUGUGUGUACCUGUGUUUAGAAAACUUAUUUUAAUUAUUAAAUGUUAAAAUUGCAAAACAAUUUUAUACAGAAGAACCCAAGUUAUGCAAAUCCUGCGGUUGUACAGGGUAGAUCACAUCCAUUCUGAUGGGGUUAAUUCCUGUCACACUUAGAAUCCCGUGGUCAGUAUGCACAGAAGCCUUUUAUUUCAUAAGGUGACACAUUGGCCCUAAAUAUGCAGGAUUUUGAUGAUUAGAUUCCUUUGGAUGGCGCAGAGAGCUGGCACUUGGGCUCACCCUACUAACAUACCCGUUCCACUUCCCCAAGUUUUGUAUGUCUUUGAACAUCUCAAAAUUUACUUCAAAAUUUAAUAUUAACAGCAGCAUGUGACAGAAAGAUUUAUUAUUACAUUUUGAACACUGAAAGCAUACUUUUCGUCGAAUUGAUCAAAAGAAGGGGGAAAAACCUUUCAUUUCAACCUUUUUGUUUCUGAUCCUCAUCUUUGAGACAGUUUUAAUUAUUUGCUUUCUGUUAAACUUUCCAUAGGAAAGUGAACCUUUGGUAAUUAAGUAAAUCUAGGGAAAAAAAUUAGGGAAUUUCUGCUCAGUGGUUCAGCUCUCGGAAAGGUGCCCAAGUGCUCUGGUGUUAAUAGAGCAACAGUUACGGCCACCUGUGUGCCGUCCGCACUCAGAAAAAUAUUGACGGCGUGAGUGGAAGAGGAAGGAAGACUUGAUUGGUUUGCAACUUUAAGUAACACACACUUAGGUACUUAGCUAGUUUGUUGAAUGCAUUGCACGCUACGCACUCACUUUAACAUAUGCUUUAAAGUUCUUUUUACUCCUGUCGUAAAUGGUCCUGUUUUCCUCAGUGCACAAUCUCAAGCUCAGAGACCGUAUGAAAACCACACAAACCCACGAUGUACAUGAUCACAACUGAAAUCCAGAUUUAGGCUCAGCUGACCAGUUCAAUAGCACUGGGUGACUAAUUGACAUCCUAAAAAUUGAGGUCGUUAUCAAUUACCUUUCUUUUUUUAAAUUUCACUCUUUUAGGUGGCAGGUCAUAGCACAAGAUCCAUAAUCUUACUGUAGUUGGGACCCACUUUUUGUCAUUCUUGCGUCCUCACGCAGGUGCUGGGGAAUCAACACAUAUUUAAGACAUUUUUUAUUUUCUGGUUGUAUUUGUGAGUAGUGAGAAUGACCAUGUGAUUUAUCACCCAGACACUGACAAUGAGAAAGAUGCUACGUAUAACUUCACUGAGAAAGCAGGCCCUCUGGUCUCACAUUCAGCCCCUAGGGAGGAGGCGGCUGCUCUGUGUGGGUUCUGUCACAGAGGCAGCAGCAAGCUGGAAUGAUUGACAGAAAUGAACUUUCAAGGAAAUAGCCAAUUUUAGCUAAUGCGGGGAAAUCACCAUUUUCAGUAGGUGUCAGGCGAGUGCUGCUGUGGGGAAGUGCCUAUAAUGACAUCAUUUACUCAGUUUAAAGUUUUAUUGCUUCUAAGUAUCUUAGGAUGACUGUGGUCUGGCAUUCGGAAGUUGGAUGCGCGGGUCGUAAGAGAAGUUAGCGAAGAACAUCUUGCUUGCGCUGCUGGGUCGAUGAACUACUGGCCAGUUCCUUGGAUUUGUGCACUCCUUGGUUCCUGUGUGGUAGUAGCCAUGUUUGUGUGAAUCCAGUGAGCCAAUGAUGGCAGAUCCUUUAGAAACAAAUUUGCCUGUGAAAUGAUUGAAAAUCGCACAUGAAUGGAACAGACAAAUUACUUUGAGUUCCACGAACGAUUUAUGGUUUGCCUUCCUUGUCCCUUUACAGCUCAAUGGGAGCAUGUUAUGGAAACCUGUUUAGGGUCUUGGUUAAAGAUAGUGUGUUUGUCUGGUGUGUUUAAUGUUUUAAAGCAUUUUAUUAAAACAAAUAAUGUAAUUUGUGGAAAAUUAUCACAUUAUUUUUCUAAAGUUUAUUGAUAUUCAUAAAAGUAUUAGAUUUAUUACAUAUGUGAUGCUACUUAAUGUUACAAAAAGAAUAGCUACUUAUAUUUUUUAACUUUUAGAAUAGAUAUUUGAUCAUAAAUGUUUAAUUUUGCUUAAAUCAAGUACCAUUGAUUAUAUUUUUUUAAUAGCUAUGUUUCUUUUCCAUGUGUGUUUAGAUUCUCAUCGCCGACUUUUUAUAUCAUGUAACACCAGAAAUGUCAACACAGGAACAUUGUGAAAAUUUCCAUGUUGUGAAUGAAUUUAAUAUACAAUUAAGCUCAAUAAAAUGUAU